AUGUCUGACACAGGAUCACUCACCGACGGCGAUGGAGGUACCGACACCUGUCCAUCCCUAAAAGCUGGUCUCUAUCCGAAGGUAACACCCCAAUUGCCUUCUGCCAAAGUUGCGGCUGAUACGCCUCAGGCUACCACUCAAACGCCGAGUACUAAAGGAACCCCUAAAGAUCGUGGUACUCGGAAGAUAAAUACAAUUUUCCCAAUUAUCCAGCCUGCAAAUCUCAUCCUCCAACAGGCCGAUAAAGAGGUCAGCGAAACCAAAAAUCCCGCCGAAAAAGUAAAAGAGUCCGAGAAGGCCGAGGACAAGAUUAAGAAAAAGAGGAAAAGAGACCCGGAAGAGAAGGCGAGGUCCCUGUUGUGCGAAUCUCCGUCUGCUUCCGCGAAGAAAUUGGCCACCAUGGACAAUCAAAGAAGAACCUCGACCACUCCUCAGCCACCCCCCACAUCAGACAACAAAGGUAAUCCCUCUCAGAUAGAUAUGGGGACCGUUCUCAACAAACUCCUAGCAGAAGUGUCGGCCUCAAGAGUUGAAAACGCGAGCAAUUUACGAAAAUUGCUGAGGAUAUCUCUGGCAUCAGAGCCGGAAUGGCGAAGAGGUCUCGAUCUCCCGGACAGGAAUACAGUUGAUGCGGAGAAGACAACAAAUGACGUGGUACGAAACUUCCUCUCGAUAAAAUUUGGUAUCACUAGGGACUUCUCGAAACCCAGGCGUCUUGGGGAUACUUCCAUGAUAGCGAUCACACUCAACUCUUUGGAGGACAAAAAAACAAUUUUAUCUCAAAAAAGUAAAGCCCUAUCCCACACCGAGGUGUAUAUUGACAGUGAUCUAACUCCGAAGGAGUCCAAGGUGACAAAAUUCAUCAGGGACCGUGCCAGAGAAGAACGACUCAAAGACCUAGAGCAGGCCCAAGUGGCAAUAGACGUGGCCGUGGACAUCGAAGCACGAAGUCAACCUCAACUGGAGCGCCAGCCCGUGAAACUCGCAGCAGUCUGGGAUGACUAUCAGCACUUCUGGGUCCCGGCAGUGAAGGACAAGAUCAAGGCACGAGCAUCGGGCGGGCUUGUGAUUCUCCUGCAAAAGUGUUCAGGCAGCUUCAUCGUACUGGCUGUACAGGAAAAGUGGAUCUUCGUGAAAGCCGAGUUAUAUGGGCGAAGCCUUAUUAUUUGCUCAGCAUAUUUUAAUCCCGACACAAACGCGGCGGUGUUGACUGACUGUUUUCAGGCCCAACUAGAAGAGCUACAGACUCAAUACCCCGAAGAGAUAUUCCUGAUAGGUGGUGAUCUCAAUUCGAGAGUGGCACAGGAAGAUUGCCUUCAUGAGGAGAUUUUUGAAGAUCUCUCUCUUAGAGGAACGAGGGCUUCGCUGGAUGAAGAGUUUAAGGGUCACGCCAAGGCUGUAUUAGAGGUGAUGGAGCUCAACAGCUUUGUUCUACUCAAUGGCAGAUCGAGAAGUGAUUUUCCCGGGCGUUUUACCUUCUUCAAUCACAAAGGUAAAAGUGCGGGUGAUCAAGCUCGGAUCAGUGCAAACGGCUUGGAGAUUGUGAUGGACUCCGAGGUCAUCUACACGCCGACUGGGUCAAACCACUUUCCCGUAGUCGUAACGUUCUCUUCAAACGAGGAGUCCCCAAUGGAGCUGCCCAAUACCGCACAGAAAAAGCAGAUUAUCUCAUGGAAACAGGAAUUACUUGAAAACUACCAGGAAAUCAUUCGUCACUCGCCACGUAUUGGUGCACUCAAUGGGUACUCAUCUCCCUGUGAACUUAACGAUGCUCUGUGUUCUGCUGUAAAAGAGACUGCGCGUGCCCUUGGGAUGACUAGGACGAUUAACAACCAAAGCCCUGCGAAAUACAAACAACCAUGGUUCGACGCGGAGUGCGAAACUCUCUUAGAAGACAAGUACGAGAAAAAAGUGACAAAAAAUCUGGCUGAAGUAAACAACUCGAAGACUUUUUGGGAGACCGUGAGGAAGUUUUACUAUAAAACUGGCAGAAAACCACCAAAUAUCACAGAGCUACAGUGGAUUACGUACUUGAGUGCCUGCUACCCACCCAAUCUCUCUGAUGAGGUCUAUUUCUAUGGCGUCUUAGACCCUGUUUUAGAUGCCAAAAUAACAGUGGAUGAAGUACGCAAGGGUCCUCUGACCUGCAAACUGGGUAAAUCGCCAGGCUCCGAUGAAGUGACAAAUGAGUUUCUGAGGGCACUUCCAUCAAACUGGCUUCUGUAUGUCACAGGAUUUUUUAAUACUAUUAUGAGAGACGAACAAACCCCUGAGAGCUGGUCCCAGGUGACCCUUACCAUGAUAUACAAAAAGGGGGAUGAGAGAGAUCCUGCAAACUACCGUGGUAUUGCGCUAGUUAACUGCAUUGCUAAAUUGUUUACUACUGUGUUAAAGAAUCGUCUAGAACUGUGGGAAGAAAAACUGAAGAUUAUUCCGGAGUACCAGGCAGGAUUCAGGAGGAAGAAGGGCUGCCAGGAUAAUAUCUACACGUUGUUCUCGGCAAUCCACCUCCAGCUUCGAUUGACGAAACGCUCCGUGUAUGGGUUAUUUGUGGACUACCAAAAGGCGUUUGAUUCUGUAUCUCACGACAUCCUUUGGAGAAAGCUGCACGAGCUUGGCGUUAGCGCCAAAAUGCUCAGAAUUAUAAAAUCCCUGUACGACAGAGCCUCAAUGAAAGUGAAAAUGGACUCGCAGCUUACGGACCCAAUAGCAAUCACCCAGGGUGUACUCCAAGGAGAAAUCUUAAGUCCACUCCUGUUCAUCUUGUUCGUCCAUGACAUCGAGGCGUUCAUGCAGAGAGAUGCCCUGGGCUACCAGGCUGCCCUGAGUGCUACUACAAAAACGAGAGUCGCUUGUGGAACAGCAACAUCUAUCUUGAAUAGAACUAAAUCAGCAGAUUGGCCCUCCAAAGUUAAAAUUUACGAAAGUCUUGUAGCCUCCAUCAUGCUUUAUACUGCUCCAAUUUGGGGUCUGAGGUAUGGCGAUAUGCUGGAGAGGACCCAGAUGCUGUACUUCAAAAG